AUGAGUGACGCUAACUUUGUUGCUGCCCCGGUCCCGAAUGAAGGGGCUAAGUACUCUGGCAAUGAUGAGGCAGAUUUCACUUCGGCCAUUCGACAUCUGACAAACGAGAAGACGAAUCCUGGGCAGUCUAGUGAAAGAAAUCACCCUGUUUCGCUCACACAACGGGAACAACCUAAUCAGUACAACCAAGCAGAACGUUCAGGACCACUGAAACAGAUCAUAGCCAACCAAGACAGCCUGUACAAGUAUAUCAGUUGGGAGGACCCGAUCCGAACUCUGGGUUCUUAUAUUGGCGCCCUUUGCAUCCUGUUUGGAACACACUACCUUCCCCUUACUCAAUAUGUUCUCAAAGGCGGAGUAACAAUUCUUGGAGUGGUCUCUGUGACAGAGUUCGCAAGUAGGUCCUUCGGUUCCAACUCUUUAUCCACUCGUCUCCGACCCAAAGAGUACAAGCGAGUUCCAGAGGCAACUCUUAACGCCACCCUGAAGGAUGUCCACGAUUUCAUUCAGUAUGCCGUUGUCAAGGCUCAGAGGAUCGUCUUCGGACAGGAUUUGGACAGAACUUUUGGUGCUUGCAUUGGGCUUGCCGUCUUGUUUUGGCUCAAUAAAGUCGUGACCCCCUUUUGGUUGGCCGUGAUAGGCCUAACCUCGAUCUACAUCACGCCUCUCGUCCGGUCGCCUCAAGGUCGUGCCGUGGCCCAAAAUGCUGGCGUUCGUGCCCAGGAACUGGCUAGCGCAGCCACUGAGCACGGAAAGGUGCUGGUUGAGGAUGGGAAGACUAAGGCCGCUGAACUCUCCGCGAAAACUAGAGACGCCGCUUCAAACCACUCAGGAGCAGCCACUGACAAUGUCAAGGGUCUGUCUCAAUCAGGCAAGAAUGCAGUCAACAACGCUGCAGGGAGUACGAGUUCCACAUUGAGUGAUGCAAAGCAGUCUAUCGGCAGCUCUCUGCCUAGCAGCAUCACUGGACAAUCUAAUGGCGACCGUUCCGUUGGGAGUGGAAUAGCGGACAAGACAUCCCAACCAUCGAAUGGUGCAAGUGAGAAUGUGAGACAGCUGGGGUCGGGAAGCCAUACAGACCGUCAGUAUGAUCACUCAGAGAACGUCUUACCAUCAUAUGCGGGCCGAGCUGGUGGAGAGAAAGUCGGGUCGCAGCUUCAAUCGCAGUCCAUAUAUGCGGAUGAAGAAGAUACUACUGGGGCGCAAAGUAUCAUGGACCGACCUCGUGGGACUACUCUGCCAUCAUUGAAUGAAAUUUGA